CAUCUCAAAAUGAUUUUUAGAUAACAAAAUUAUUAAGUAAAAUUUCAUAAACAUGCCAUCAAUUAGUAAAAAUAAGAAAAAGCCUGUAGUGAAAAAUAAAAAAAUGUGGACUUUGCCAAAAAUGUGAAAUUUGAAAUGCGAUAAAAAGCAGAAGACACCGUGGGUUGUUGCGAAUGUAGAACUUUUAUAAGUACUGAAAAAGAGAAAUAGCAAACAAACAAAUCGAAAGUUGAGUAGUGCAGAGAACCAGCGUAAGUGAAAUAUAUAUUGAAAAUAAAUCGAGAAUUAAUUUUAAAAAAAGAAGAAAAAAAGUAAAUAAAUAAAAUAAGAAAAGUGUAAAACUUUGCGGUUGAAUGAAAAAUUACUGCCACUAUAAACACAUAAUUGGACUCAAAAUUAGCAGCUCCGCUGAAAGAGUUCACAAGCAAAUAACUGAAGAUGUAAUUAACCUGAAAGAGCUGCACGCACACGUAGCACAAGUCAUUAUAAUAAAAGUAAGCAACACCGUAAAGGCGUGGAGCAGUAAAGAAAUUUCAGUCAAACAAUGCGCAACAACAUGGCAAAGCCUGCGAAAAGAGUAAUUAAAUGGAAAUGAAGCAGGAAAAGUAAACUGGAACUGUGAACUGAGGUAUUUGAUAAAAAUCUGUAGCAUUAAAUGCCUAACUGCGAAAAGGUGGUCAAGCUAAAAAACCUAAAAAAAAAAUAAAAUAAACGAAAAUAACUGCAGUUGUUACGCGACAUUGCCGUUGGCGCUGGCGUAUACGCAACCACAGGCAAAUUAUGCGGCGCUAGCUAGCGGACUGCUAAUGACAACCCUCGCCAGCAAACUUGUAUAACACCAACAACAACUAACAUUAUAUGUAAAGCUUGACUGCGUGUUGUUGCCUUUGCGCUUGUUUUUGUUUGUUUAUUAAUUUUAUUGUUGUAGCUUAAAAACGUUUUGACUUGGCACGCACAUACCGCUGACUGCGUGCGGCAAAGACAAUUGCCAGUCGCGUCUGUGGUGGUCGGAAGACUAGCUCACGCAAGUAGUGACUGAAAGCAAAAGAAACGUUUAGUUGUGUUUUAGUUUCAUACAACUUUUCCUUUUAUAUACAAUAUUUUUUUAGUUCUUCUGUUAUCUUUUCAUAUGACGCACACUUUGAAGCGUAAAGCAUAACGCACGCCGGCAAGGCAUGAAAAAAAGUAGCAAAAAAAAAAAAACAUAGAACAAUAUGUCAAUAAGCACGCACUUAGUAACGAAAAUAAUACCGUGAAAAGAUAAAAAUACAAAAAUAUUUAACAGUGGACGAAAUAGCUGUGGAUAUAUGCCACGAAGGACGCGCACAAAGAAACAGCGAAUGCAUGUGUAUGACAUAUUUUUAGCUAGCUAGUCAAACAGUUUAACUGUAGCGUUAGAUGCUUUGCUGAGACGAAGGCCACUAACGCUUGCAGUGACAAACGGAAAGCAAGAUAAUACUCUAUCGAGCACUACAAGCAUUUGCCAGCGAGUACCAAGCAAACCAAUCAGUUAUCCUGCCAUUAAAAUAAAGCACGUGCAACAAACAUACGUAGUAACGCGCGGAAAUCAUAAAAACGGAGAAAAAACCAAGAAGCACCAAUAUUAAUACUAACACAACAGCUGAAGAUUGGCAAAUACUUCCUAUUUUUACUGUGACAUAAGCACAAAUAGGAAAGCCAUAUAGCGUUGUCAAAGUACUUUUUCCAUAGUAUGACGCGCGGCAAUAUAUUGACGCUGGCGACAGUAUCGCGAGGGCCUUGCGGCAUAAUAGAAAAGUAAUGCUAUAUAUAUCCCACAGAAAUGAAUAGAUAAAAUUGUGCUAAAUAUUCAUAAGCACAGCAGAGCGAGUGCAUAAAGCAGACAGCGUCAGGGCACCAAAAGGAAGGAUAUAAAAAUAGCAAACGGAAGCUGCCAGCGUCACCGCUGCAGAAUAUAGACAAAACAAAAAACAAAAAAAAAAACACAUACGAGACAACAACAAGACUUGCACAUCGACAUCAUCAAUAAAGCUAACUAAUACUUGAGUAAUAAAGAAACAAAAACAAAAAGGCAACAGCAAGGCAAGUGGAGCAGCAAGAAAUAUUAUAAAAAUUCAUAAUCAAAGUUAUAAAAUACACAACGCCCACAGCAGCAGUAACAAACAACAUCAACUACAGCAACAAACGCCUAUCACAACAAUUCAUCCAUCAUCGGCCAGUGUGCGCGCUUGUAUGUGUGUGUGUGAGUAAUAUGCUGUAACUAGUAAGCUCCUCCUCCCUCCAUCCCGACAUCACAAGCUAACGUCGCCAUCAUCCACAGCUUUAACUUUAUUAAUACAAGCAAUUGCCAUUUCAUUCCGUUAGAACGGCAAUAUCGGGCCCCACGUUAUUGGUUAUAUUGGUAAAUAUAGCGUCGUAAUACUUCGAUUCGCAUCAAUAUGGCCUUUAGCAGCAGUAGCAGUAGUAGCGGUAGUCGGUACGGUGUCAACAGUGGCGGCGCUUAUGGCGCUGGCAGCAUAUCAACGUGGGAUAGAUGCACAACAGUGUUGCUAUUGCCACGGGCACGUCUCAUCACCCUGUGGCUGGCAUUCAAUUUAGCGUUGAUCGUACAGGAGCCAAUGAAGAAAAUCGCCUCAGUUGAUGCAGCGACUGGUGGCGGCAGCAUGUUGGGUGAUGUUAACAUAUCCGCUAUUCUCGAUUCAUUUAGUGUUAGUUACGACAAAAGAGUAAGACCUAACUAUGGAGGUCCCCCUGUGGAGGUUGGCGUCACAAUGUAUGUCCUCAGUAUCAGUUCGGUUUCGGAAGUUCUCAUGGACUUUACAUUGGAUUUUUACUUUCGUCAAUUUUGGACCGAUCCUCGUUUAGCGUAUAGAAAACGGCCUGGUGUAGAAACACUAUCGGUUGGAUCUGAGUUCAUAAAAAAUAUUUGGGUACCUGACACCUUUUUUGUAAAUGAAAAACAAUCAUAUUUUCAUAUUGCAACAACAAGUAAUGAAUUCAUACGUGUUCAUCAUUCUGGAUCAAUAACACGAAGUAUUAGAUUAACAAUUACUGCAUCGUGUCCAAUGAAUCUACAAUACUUUCCUAUGGAUCGACAGUUGUGUCACAUAGAAAUCGAAAGCUUCGGCUAUACAAUGCGUGACAUUCGUUAUAAGUGGAAUGAAGGUCCAAACUCGGUUGGUGUUUCGAGUGAGGUAUCUCUGCCCCAAUUUAAGGUCUUGGGUCAUCGUCAGAGGGCUAUGGAAAUCAGUCUUACAACAGGAAAUUACUCGCGACUCGCAUGUGAGAUACAGUUCGUGCGUUCGAUGGGUUACUAUCUCAUUCAAAUAUAUAUACCCUCUGGACUGAUCGUUAUUAUAUCAUGGGUAUCAUUUUGGCUAAAUCGUAAUGCCACACCAGCUCGUGUGGCGCUAGGUGUUACCACCGUGUUGACAAUGACCACACUGAUGUCGUCAACAAAUGCAGCAUUGCCAAAGAUUUCUUAUGUCAAAUCGAUUGACGUAUAUCUAGGAACAUGCUUCGUUAUGGUCUUUGCCAGUCUUUUGGAAUACGCCACCGUCGGCUAUAUGGCAAAACGAAUUCAAAUGCGAAAACAAAGAUUUAUGGCGAUCCAAAAGAUAGCUGAACAAAAAAAGCAGCAACUGGAUGGGGUGCAACCACCGCCCAAUCCAAAUCCGAGUGCGGGCGAUCAUGGACAUGGGCAUGGUCAUGGCCAUAGCCAUGGUCAUCCUCAUGCGCCAAAACAAACAGUGAGUAACCGACCAAUUGGCUUUUCAAAUAUACAACAAAACGUUGGCUCGCGCGGUUGCUCGAUAGUGGGACCCUUGUUCCAGGAGGUGAGAUUCAAAGUGCACGACCCCAAGGCACACUCCAAGGGCGGUACACUGGAGAAUACUGUGAAUGGUGGACGUGGCGGACCGCCGGUUGGACCACCCGGACCUGGACCACAAGGAGGUGGCGGUGGAGGCGGCGGCGGCGGUGGUGGCGGUGGAGGUGGAGCGCCCGAAGGUGGGGACGCCGAAGCGGCAGUACCAUCCCAUUUAUUACACCCGGGCAAGGUAAAAAAAGAUAUCAACAAACUGCUGGGCAUCACGCCUUCAGACAUUGACAAAUAUUCGCGUAUAGUGUUCCCCGUGUGCUUCGUUUGCUUCAACCUAAUGUAUUGGAUCAUCUAUUUGCAUGUGAGCGAUGUGGUCGCCGACGAUCUGGUGCUGCUGGGCGAGGAGAAGUAAAGCAAUCGACAGUUAGCACAUAAGCUUAUUAUUAAGCAUUGGUUGAAGGUAGCAGUGGCAGCUUGUAGGUGCGCCGCCAGAAGACGGAGGCAAGCGCAGCGUAAGCAGGUAGUAUAGCAGAAGGCGAUUCGCAAUAGUUUAGUUAAGUUUAUAUUUUAAGUGAACACAGCAUAGCAAAACAAAAAAACUAGCAUAAUUAUUAAACAAAUAAUACACGCACGUGAAGUUAGAGUAAAUAUGUAUUAGCAAAAACAGUCAAGAGACGACGAAGGUAUUAGUUAAACAAUUAAUAAUAAUUUAUACUGUGCAAUAUAAUAAUUAUAAUUAAAAAACAUGAAUAAAUAGAUAACUAGUAAAGGGGAAACACGGAAAGAAAAUCAAAAUUAAAAUCAGUUAAAUUCUAAAGCAAAGCAUGUCAACGUUCGUACACAGUAAAGUCAUGCACAUACACUCGAAAAAAACCUAAAUACUUUAUAGGCAUAUUAUAGUUCACUAACGAGUAAAUAAUCAGCGCAGUGCUAGAGCUCAUUAAUAGAUAUGAAGUUGUAUGGAACAAAUUAAGCAUAAACUCAAUGCUAUUGUAAGCGAUAAAAGCUCAAAAUACUUACAAUAAUAAAAAAAAUAUGAAAAUAGCGGUGCACACAAUAAUGGAAACAUUACAAGUAGUUAACGAAAUGCCAGUGAAAUGCGUAAAAUAAUUUACAAAUUAAUAAUUACUAGUUAAAAAUGUGAAGAAAGAAAAAAAAAACCAAGCACACUUUCAUAUUACCAUAAAAAUAAACACCCACACACUAACGUAAACUACUAUACAAAAAUUAGUGUCGAAGGAAUGCAAUCAAGUUGCCGUUAUAAUUUUUUAUUAAUUAAUUGAACUUAGAAACGAAGAAAAGUUUUCGGUUUAAUCUCGAUAAAUUAUAGCUGCGUGAAUUCACAGAUGGUAAUUGUUGUAUUUUUAAUAAUUCCGAACAACGAAAGCCGAAAAUAUAUAUUUUUAAUUAAAUCACAAAAGUUUAUAAACUAUUUACACGAUUAAUCCUAUGUAAUCAAUAGCGCCGAAUCGUAUGCUACAUAAUCAUCAUUUUCAUGCUCUUUCUUGAUUGUUGUGAACAUCGUUACUUAAAAUUCUGGAGCCACUGUUGGUAUAGGUUUGAAUAUAGGGUUAACGUUUAUAAAAAUAAUGACACACAGAGUAAAAUGAUUUGCUUGUGAAAAUUGUAACUGCAAGCGAUAACAGUCAUGCAAAGUCUUUUUUACUAGUCACAUAGAUGAAAAAACAGUUGCAGUUACGAUUGUAGUUGUUGAGCUGUUGAGUCGAAGAGGCCGAACUCCAUAUCGUCGUUUUUCAGAUUGCAAAUACUCCUUCCGAGCAAUAUUAAUGCAUCUAGAGCACUUUCCACUAGUUACAUAGACGUAAAUAUGUUGAUAACUCUGAAUGAGUGACUCUUUCUAACUCUUUCCGCAGCUAUUUGCUGGAAGUGUUGAUCACUAUCCACAUUCCGAAUAAAAUUAUGCAGAUAUGGGGUGUAGUAAUAAUUUUUUUGUUGUACGUUCUUAAUAGGAUCAAUUGCUCAAAGUGCUCGUUAUCUUAUAAAUAUCCGCACAUAAAUACAGCAUUCUCUUUCAACACAUGCAGAGAAAAUUUAGUAAGAUCUAAGUGUGUGUCAACACAAAUUUAUCAAAUCUACGAGAAAGGCAAUGAGAGUAAUGCUGGUGUAUGUGCGGCUGCUUGAAUUGAGGCAUUCUUUCGACCUUCCUUUUCAAACCAACUAACCAAGUGUGUGUUAAAGUUUGGAUGACAUUUUAAAAGCUCUCAUUUUUAAAAUUAGUUCAUAAUUAAUAUUAAUAAUUAGUUUCAAGAAAAACUCGUUAAAUUAACACAUAUUUCAAGACACACUCAUUAAAUUACUGCAAAAUAUAUGCACUCGAGAAUAAGCUCAAUUAUUUAAUAAAAAAUGCAUCGGCACACACAAACACAAGUUCGAUAACACUUUUAAUACACGAAGAAAUAACUGUAUUAUUAAUUAGAAGUUUAUUUAUACUCUGUUGCUUGAAAUUUGUAUGCUUCUGUGUUGUUUUUGUUAGAGUUAUUAACAAAUUUUGAAACAGUUAGCUAAAUUGUGUAUAAUAUUAAAUACUUCUGUAAAUACAAACUUAUAAAUUUUUUACACUUUAGCGCUUCCAAAACUAUUUGCCAAAUUUUUUAAAAUUGUAAAGAAAGAAACUUCUUAAAUUAGCACAAAACGGUUGGACGUCACGGCGGAAGACGCACACAUACACAUACACAUAGACGAAAGUAUGAGUAUGCGUAGUUAAGGUCAGCAUAUAUGCAAUAAAUUUAAGUUAGCGUUACUUAGAGUUAUCUCAAGUCAUAGCUACUAAAUGAGAAUAAAAUAAUUAAUUUGUUAGAGAAUACAAAAUUUUUUUAAAUUCAUUUUUGGGUUCUUACAAGCAAACAUACACCCCUUAAACUACGAAUUAAUGAAAACUAAAAAUACGAAAAGUUCAAAAUCGGCGAAAUUAUAGAAAUAAAAGAGAGCUGUUAAAUAAUAACUGUAUUUUAGUAAAUCGCAACGUAAUAAUCAGCACCAGUGUUAGACUAUUAAAUAUGAAACUUGACAUAACUCCCCCUCCCCCCCCUUCCAACCUAUAUAUGUAUGUAUUUGUAUGUAUACCCAAACGCAAAUGAACAAUAUCCCAAUAUACUCGUAAUAUUUACGUGUUGAAAAGUUGAAAAAAAGUUUAAUUAUAUAUAAACAUAAAUAUUUGCAAACAUUGCAAGUGACAGUACUAAACCAAUUACUUUAAUAAACCAACUGACAAUGAGUAUGUAUAGGUUUUUGUGUAAACACCAUGUAUCUAAUAACUAAAUAUGCCAGUAUGUAUAUAUGAUUACUAUAAUUAUAUAUAAAACUCGCUAACUAAAACUUUUAUUUUUACAAUACUUUUACACGUAAAUACCAAAGCAGUUACAGUAGUUAAAAAUAAAAGCGAUGUUUUGCUGUAAUUGCGAAUGGUUUUAUGUGAAAAAAAUAUCUCUGCACACACAUUAGAUAAAUCUAUGAAUAAUUUCACUCACUUUUAUAGCACCCAACACGGCUUGAAUGUGUGUACAUAUACUAUUUUAUAUAAAGAAAAACCAAAAAAAUAAAAAACACAUAAAAACGAAAACAAAAUUGCUAUAGCAAAAUUGCUGUAGCAGCAUGAAGUAGUGAGUUGUUGAACAGACUAAUUUAUAAUGUUGUAAAAAGUAAAAUAAAAGAGUUAAAAAUUCAGAAAAUAAAUGCAUACGGCAUUUUCAAGGUGCACGAAAAAACUUGAGUAAUAUUAAAAAAACGGUCCUCUAAACAGAAAUUCUGGACUAAAUAAAACUGCCUACACAUAUACUUACCAAACAAAGAAAAAAAAAAAUAGAAACAUAUAUAUGUAUAUAAAAUAAAAUAAAAACCGCAAAUAAACCUUAAAAAAUUUAAAGGACAAGCAAAAUAUACUUCAAAACAAUUAUAUAUAAUUAAAAAAUAAAAAAUAGUAGUGUGUGUGUACACAAAACUGAACUGGUAACGGAGAAAAAUUAAAAACUUACAGCGACACACAAAAUUAAUUUAAUAUCUAUUAGCCACAACAACAAUAAGUGCUGGAUAAGCGUUUGAUCAAGCUGGCUUAAAAAAACUGCAAAACUAAAAUCUGAAAAACAAAGCACUAAGCACAGCACAUAUAUUGCAUUGCAAAACAGUUCCGACGCUUUCACUACUAUUGUAGUUCCAGCAAUGCCAUUAAUGAUUAUUGCGAUCACAGCGCAUCAUACAUUAAGCGGACACCAACUGGCACUACUUUAACAUAACCAAAUAAACAUAAAAACAAUGAAAUAAAUAUAAAUACAGACAAAACUUGAGUAGGAGCAAAACUUCGCAACUAAAUACAUGUGUAAUUUAAUGUAAAACUAUAAGUUUUACUAUAAAAUAGUUAUAGUGUGUAUACUUACUUACUUAUACAUAUACUCAUUCACGGAAAGUAGUUGUUUUUGUAAUUUACUAUAUAGGUAUUAUAAAUUUCGGUUUUAGUUUUAUUAAAAGCUAUUUAGGCUGUUUGCUUUGAUUAAAUAUAUACACUUAUUGAUAAUAAAAAUUCAAUGUUUGUAUUUCUAAAUAAUUAUUCCGAAGAUGUCUGAAAUUGACUAUAUUUAAUAUAUAUUUUAAGUUGGUUCGAUUGAUACGAAACCUAAAGUUUUCAUCUUCGAUAUUCAUCGUUUACGCGAAUGGCUCCAAAUACUUUGUGUACGGAAAUGAAGAGAGUGAUUUGCUUCUCCAUUGCAGACACAAAUACUCACCAUCGUUUCUGAAACUGGCGAAAGUUAUCUGUCUCUAUUUUAAAUUUCUCUUUCCGUAACUACUUGGUAUAUACUCUAAGUGUUUUUUGCGAAUUGUUCAAGUAUAUAACUUUACCUUAGAUAUGGAGAUAGCAAUUUACACAAUGCUGACUGGAAAAUUCCGACAGCAAUUUCUUUGACUUUUUAAUUUUAUCGUCACUGAAAGAAGUGUAAGAACAUCUCUACUGAAAGAAAUUUUCUACGUCAAUCGGAUAUUAGCGUUACGCAUAAAUUCGACUACUCAAAAGACAUUUUUAAACUAAUUUUAGCAAUUCAUUUUUUCAUCGCAAACAAACCAGUUUUUUCAACGCAAACAUUCUAGAAGGUUUUCCAUAUGUUCAAUUAAAAUUUUUUUUCUAAGCCCUAAGCUUGUUUACCUGUACACCAAAAAAAAUGUUCUAUUGCAUUAUGCUUGCAUUAUGCUUAUUACGGACUAGUGUACAACGAAGUUGAUUAUCAACCUUGAGUUCGGAAGCAGUAGUGUAUGUAUUGCUUUAGUGUUUUCAUUCCUUUGGUGUGUUCAUAAUUCAUGAAAAUACUUAUACACGAAUGUCUAAGUAGCGUCAGAGUUCGGCACUAUGCCAUGUACUACAUACGUUACUUACCGGAAUAUCAGUUUUUGCUUGAGACCUGUAAACAAGUGAUUUAUAAAGUAUAUUGUCUGUCCAAAGGACUAUUCAAAAACUAUAUGAUCUAAAAAAAUAAAUUUUGUAUUAUUGUUUUAUCUUAUCUUAAUAUUUUUCCCUUUUGUUUGAGUACAUAGCCUAAAGUAUUUGCUCGUACAUAUUACAUAUGUAGUCAUAAGUAAGUUGUAAAUAAACAGUUUUUAUAUAUGCUUAGUCCAAAAUAGUGUUAACGCUCAGAAAAGCGUUAAACGCAUCAGAAAUUAUGUGUAAAAAUAGAAUUAUAGAUAAGUGCAUACAAUAGUAAUAAUAUAUUUUAAAGUAUUAGCUAAUUAACUACUUAUAUUUGGUUUGUAAAUAUAUAUAUAUAUAUAUAUAUGUAAAUAUAUGUAUAUAUAUAUAUUGUAUAUGGUAUGUACGUACACUUUUAAGGUAGUUGUACAAUUAUUUCAUAAGGUUUCCUAAUUUGAUUUUCAUAGCGGUCGUUUUGCACAAAUACAUAUGGUUACAUAUAAUAAUUUAUGCAUUAUAUGCAGCGUUGAUGUUAUAUGAACACAAGACAUUAAAUAUAAACCUGUAUGGGUGUGUGUAGAUUUAUCUUUUCAAAAGUUUUUAAUUUGACGUACAAAAAAUAUUGCGGAUAACAAAUUUUUUUAUUAUGAGCGUAGUUUUUUAUACAAAUAUUUCCUUUUAGUGUACUGAAAUUUCAUUUAUUGAACUACAUUACAUGUUUUAAACCUUGAAAUUCUAAAGAAAAAUAAUCAAAGUGUAGAAGAGAAAGCAAUAUUUUCAUUUAUAUUUACUGACUGUAUUUUAGGAGUAUAACAUUUUAUUUAUGUAGUUGUUUUAUUUUAACUGUCUCUGAACCCUCAAGUAGUGAAUCGAACAACAUAUGAGACAAAAUCUCUCAAGUAUACCUGCUUUUUUCGAUGGUCGAAAAGCUCGAUACACUAAAUUAUAUUAAUAACAAGAACUCCAAAAUUUUCGAAUUUCGAAAAAUUUUCUAAGUUAUUUUUAUUUAUUUAUCGUUUAGAACCAAAAAACUUUUAUUGUACGAGAAAAUCCCGCAUAUGUGAUUACAAAAAAAAAAUGUUUUUUAAUUCAAAUGUUAAUUCAAUUAAUUUUUUAAUUCAUUAUUUGCAACCUUGGAAGGAAUAUAAUAUUUGGUUCGGCAAAAUUUAAUAAAUUAGAGAAACUUGAUUCUAUAUUAUGAAUUCAAAUAAAAUUAUGUUUACAAUAUUAUAAUUUAAUAACCAAAACAUACCUUCCCUCAAUAUUAUUUAUUUGACUUAACAAUGACCCUAACUGCAUAGUGGAAGUAAAAAAUUUUAAUUUUUUUAUUUACGUGAAGAUAAAAUUAUAUAACCACCCAUGUUUAUAAACCAAACAACAUAAAGAUCGAAGAAAAAAAGUGAAAUCAAUUUCUACUGCAGCACAGCUCUCCGAAAGGGAAUCUUAUAAGACAAUGUCAAAGAAUUUCCUUUAUAUUCUCUUUAUACCACACCACAAAAUACUUGUAAUAAACCAAAAAGUGGAGGGAAAAUACUUUAGCUACCAGUAAUUGAGUGGCUGGUGCGUUACUAAGCACAUACACACACACAAGCAACCCUAGCACAUACAUAUUUACCCAUAUAAUUAAAGCCAUUAAAUUGAAAAAAGAAAAAAAUAAAGUACACUAUAACAAGCGUGAUAUUUCACAAUAUAACCAAUAUUAUUGAAAAGGGAAUACAGUUGUUAAAACAAAAAUAAAACACUUUCAAAGAAAAACAAAAGCUCGAAAAAGCAUAACUUAAGUAAAAUAGUUAAGAAAAUGAAAAAAAUCGGUGAUAAAAUUAUUUAUAAUAUAGUAUAUUAAGUCUAAGUUAAUAUAGUAAACGGUUAUUAAAAAUGAAUUAAGUAAAUAUAAAAUUAAAUAUUUUUAGUUGCAGUGAAGUUGAAAAAAAUAUAAAACAGUUAAGCGCUUAGAAAUUUCGAACAAAAACCAAAUAUGUGAGAAAACUUUUUAAUAAAAGAAAAUAUGCGAAAAAUUUACAAAAAAAAAAACAAAGAAAUUAUUGAUACAAGAACAAAAUAAGCAGCUCAUCGGUUUCGGAGCCCUGUUUCUAAAGCAUUUUUCAUAUUUUUUAGAAGCACUUUUUUUAGGGAAAUAAAAAUAAUUUCGUUAAAAUUUUUUAAAUAUAAUUUUUUUAAUUAAAAUUGUGUAUUUUUUCAGCUGCGAGUAUUUUGUUAAGAGCAGGAGAGUGUUCGAUUUUCAGUUUCAAUAAUUUGCAAAGUGUUACUAUUAUUAUUUAUUAACAUUUUAAUAUCAUACCGUUUUUGUGAAAAACGAAAACAAAUGUGUUUAUGAAAGGCGUGUUUUUUUUUAAAUGUCAGCUAAAUAUAUAUCGAUUUUAUUCAACGAGCGCGUCCUCGAAGCUGUUUGGGAAAACAUGCAUUCCGCCUGUGCAAAUAAACUGUUUUCUGUUCCUGAGAAAAUGAAAUUAAAUGAAAUCUAAUUCUCUCUCAACCUAUCCUCGCUCGUUAUAUGUGUAGCUCAGAACAUACAGAUCAUACAUAGCAGCAUCAGCUUUUAGCGAAAAAAUGGAAAUUAACCUGAAGUUAGCUCUGAUUUCCCAACAUUUUUUCUGAACCCUUCCCAGUAGUUCAGCCUUUGAUGUACCAAAAUUUUGAACGAGUAAGAUAUUUCAUUGUAUCUAGUCUCUGGAAUAAGUUACUUAUCGCUCUGGUUAAUAGAACCUCAAUUCGGGCAUCUUCCAUUAAUAAGGAAGUUAUUAGUCAUCUUCAAUUUCCUGAGGAUAUGCAAAAGUUGAUUGUAAUAUACGAGUAUUGUCACCGUUACUCAAAAUUUGAGAGAAACUGUCCGAAUGAAUGUUUAUUGUCUAGUAGUGGCACCAUAUUCAAUUGUUAGAUUAAAUCGGUCGAAUAUUAUAUACUUAUAUUAUACUUUAUGGGAUUGUUGUUGACAAUUUUUAUUCCACUCAACAGAAGCAACGCCAAUUUAAUAUUGAAUUUUUUUAAUUUAUUGCAAUUUGGCUUGAAUUUUAUCUAAAUUUUAAUGUGCUAUAUUACUAAUUAAUGAAAAUUUCGAUGUUCGGUACGUUUAAUUCAUAGUUUUAUAUUAAAUUUCAAGUUUUGUUUUAUUAAAGUAACAUUGUGUUAUAUAUUUAAGUUUUGAGAAAAGUUAAAAUAUUUUUGUUGAUUUUGUUAAGAUCAGUAGUGAUAUUUAAAAUAUAUUGACUUGUUUAUUAGCCUUUAUUUAGUUGUAUAUGCUUUUUUUUAGUUUGUAUUUAAGUUUAUUUAAUUUAGUAUUAUUUCGUUAUAUUGCUGAAGUUAAAAACAAAGCUCAAUGAAUUACUUUAACAAAUUUACUAUAGUUUUAAAUUAAAAUAAUGCAAUAAUUCUUAUAACUCAGUUUCCAACAUAGUUUUACUUCCAAAAGUUUACAAAAUUAGUGUAAAGAAAAAAAGGAUAUUAAAGCAUUUCUGGGGACUUGUUUUAGACAAAAGCUCCAACGGUUUUACAAACAAAUUUAUAUAUACAUACAUAUAUAUAAAUUAUAUAUAAAUAAAUAUGCGAGUAUAUCGUCAAGUAUAUAAAACACACACAUCUAUACGUGCAUAUGUACAUAUAAUAUAUAAAUCAUAUGCGAUUACAAAAACCAAACUGAAAGUAAAUAAAUAUUGAAACCAUAUACUUAGUUAUAUGUUAUACUAGAAUUAAUGAUUAUUAUUAAUAUUAUUACAGACACAAUGAAAUUCUAAAGAACCUAGAGGUUUAAGUCAGCUAUUAAGUAAAAUACCUAUGUGAGAGUAAAACUAAGCAUGAACUAAAAUGAAAACCAAAUAUAAAAAUAAAUAUAAUUAAUGUUAAAUGUUUUAAAAUGCACGAAUGUUUUAAUAAAACUACAAAAAAAAAGCACGAAAAGAAAAACAAAUUAAAGGCAAAUACAAAAUUGGAUUAGAAAACACGUUAAGCAAGAAUGAAAUGGCUGCAAAUUAUACUUGCAGCUUUUAUAAGAAGAGCAAGCUCAGUUUACACACUUUGCGUAGGUACAUUUGUUAAAGUUGAGUAUGUGGAGUAAGUGAGUACAGUAGAGGGGAUGAUGAUAUGGAAGACAUAGCGAAAUAACGAAUUAAAUAAAAUUAUGCAAAUUAAUUAUGAAAAGCAAAACACACUUUCAAAUGAAUUUAAUGAAUGCAGAAAAUAGUAAAGUGUAUAAGUGAUCUAAUUGCUUAACUAAUACAACUAAACACACACACAAACAGUCAAGUUUCGGUCAGCAAAUAAAUAAACAUUAUGGUUGUACGUUAUUAUAUGUAAUUUAAUUUUUUUUAUAUGCAUAUUACAACAAAGUAAGUAAAUAAGAGUACAUAGCCCGUACACUAAAGCCCGCUUGUACUACUAUUUAUUUAAUUGAGUUAAAAAUUAAGUAAAUUAAUUGAGUUUCAAACAAAACUAAAUAAACAAUAUUUGAAUUGAUUAGCAUUAAACAAUAGACUACGGUUAAUAUAAUUAAAACAUAACAAGCGUGUGUGUAAAUAUUAAACAAAAACGCAAUAACACUACACAAAAGCAAAUCAUGUGUAUAAAUAUUUAGUUUCAUUUAAAUAAUUAGGAAUCAAUUGUAAAUUUUAAAUAUAGUUUUUAAGAAACCAAUUUAAUUUAAAUUAUAAUUGAUUUCAUAUUCAAAUGACCAAUAACUUUAUAUUUAACAAAAUUAGUUAAUUUUAUCAAGUAUCUUCAAGCAUGGGCUUGUUGCGUACUAGACAUUUAUUGAGUACUUUACUUUCGCUAUAUCUUUGGAUAUAUCUAAUUUUUUGCUUAAAAAAAAAGUGGCCCAGUAUUUUUCAAGUGCUUCAUAAAGGAUUGUUCUCAGCCGGUACAUUAUACCUGAGCUUUCAGAAAAUUUAUGUGGCUAAAUAUCUUGCAAACUAAUUUCGAUGUUUUGUGGUCUUCAAAAUCCACUUUUUUUACGGAUUGUCUUUCAGAAAGUUGACUUGUUUAUCGACUACGUAUUUUCGUAGGGAGUGUCAAUAUUAUAUUUCGCGAAGCUAUCCACAUUUGCUGAACUAAAGGCGCCUCGUAGCCGAUUAUCUUUAAAUUGGGGAGUAGUUCGGCAGAGGCAGGUUCAAUUCAUAUGCAGGUAUAUUUGAAAACCUAUCUCUGUUAAGUUCGGGUUUUUUCACGGGGUCGGGUUUAAUCUCUGGCCCCUCUAUUACAGACCAUAAUGUAGCUUCUGGUAUCUCUCCUACAUCCUUCUCGACCUCGCGCUCCAUGUUUUUGUUGUUGUCGGCCGGGUUGCGCUUCUUGAGCCUACGCGAACCGUGCGUUAAGUAUAUCAUUGGCUGACUUGUUUAUUUGGUGGAUGUAGUCUUGGCUCCCAUCCUCCUUGCUGGAGUUGGAUAUCCUCUAAUCUACCGUUUGCACAUCAGGAUUUUGUCUUCUGAGGAGCCGCAGUGCAUCCUUCCAAAAUGGACGGAAUGCAACUACGGUCCGCUCUUUCCAGAACGGGUCCUCCCACAGACCUUGAAGUUUUGAAACCACUUCCUUUACCCAUAACAGUGAGGCGGCGUCCUUACAUAUUAGGUUAUUGAACCCAUUAAGCUAAACACAAUGAUUGAAUGUUGGCAUAGGUGUACUCGGGUCUCCAUCCAAUCAUCCGAAGAGCGCAUUCAGCGGUUUCAGCUCUACCGCUUUCCUUUUAUCCUUUUUUAUUCCGAUCGAACCUGACGUUUGGCUUUACUGUGUCGUCUUUUUUACCGGUUGUUUAGCCGGCUUUCAGCGAUCCGCUGUCUUUGGCUGCAAUUCCUUCCCUGAUCCGAUUUGCGUAUCUUGGUUGCAGCUUAUCAUUUCGUCGCUUUUCUUUCUUAUCGGCCUCCUUGCUGAAUUUUGUCUUCAUGGAACCUCUACCCCAAGCGUUUAAUACCUACCGCCAGGUAUCUCUUUAGAAAUGGCAGAAGUAAAUAUACCCAGUGUCGUAUGCAAAACAAGUUACCAAGAAAAAGAUAAUGGAUACAUACAUUUGCCUUAAUUAGGCGUCGGGUGCUCGCACCCACCACCAAGAUCUGCUCUAGAAACUAGUCCAGAUGCCAAGCCGUGAUGGCGCCAGUGGUGACGUCCAUUAACCAGCCACUAUCCGCGAGGAGGAUAUAGCUAUGAGUAUUUCCGCUGAUCGUUCGUUUCAACUUAACUAAAAUAUGUGAAAUGAUGUUAUAGAAUCUCAAAAUAUAGUUCUUAAGCCGCCACAAAACUUACAAUCCUGACACGAUGAGUACUCAAUUUAUCGAUAAUACUCAACUUGAACCACUUUUUGUUCAGCAUUUCCAAUAAGAAAGCUAUUGUCAAAAUAUAAGUAUGAUAUUAAUUUUUAAAUUUAAACACAUGAAAAAACUCUAAUACGCCCAAUUAGUUACUAAGAACUAGAACCAACUGACAUACAUAUGUACUUAUACUUAUAUGUAUAUGCAUAUGUAAAAGUACAUUUGUUAUGUAUGCUUGUUUGCAAAUAAUUGAUCGUGGAUCACAAUUUUCGACUGUGUUAAUUUCAUAACAAACUUGAAACAAAUUAGCAAAAAUGAUUAAGAAAAUUACUCUUAAAAAAUGCACCAAAUACUUUAAUGCAUGCGACUACUUUGGCAAAUGCAUAUAUGUAUAUAUAUACUCGUGCAUAUAUAAUGCAUAGUUAUAUAUGUAUGUUAACAAAAAUAUUGCAAAGUUUGCAAGGCAUUGACAACAUAAUACAAUUGAAUUGAGUAAAUAACAAAUUACUGCAAAAUUAGUAUAACUGUUCAUUUGUCGAUUGUGCAUCAAUAAAUGCAGUUAACUAACAACAUACAUAUUAUAUACAUACAUACGAUAUAAGUUGAUAACGGGAAAUAUAUAAUUUAUGCAAAAUUGUGAAAUAUAAAUUAAUAAGAAAAAUGCAUAAAAUAAGAAUAUAAAAAAAUAUAAAAUUAAUUAACUUAAUGUAAACUGAUUGAUAAAUGAGUCACACAAAAGCUCACACACACUGCAAAAAUAAUGGAACAAAACAAAAAAAACGUAAUAUUCGUAUUUCUAAUGAGAACAGCAGAAAACUUUAUGUCAAAACGAAAAUAAAGAAAACGUAAUUAUUUCGUAAGUCAAGUGACAUGAGUAUGAAAUGAAAUAAAACUUAUGUAAAAAUUCAAAA